GUGAGACAAACAGUGAAUUGUAGGCAAAGUAUUGGCGCUAAACGUAUGCAUCGAUUGUGUCAUUGAUUUUGUAUUGCAUUUAACGAAGACAUCGCUUCCAUAAGUCACACCAUUUAAUCGCAUCCAUUGUCACAACACAUCCCACCCGAAGACAUGCCUCGAGAGAUGAUAACGCUUCAGUUGGGUCAGUGCGGGAACCAAAUCGGCUUCGAGUUCUGGAAGAAGUUAUGCGCAGAACAUGCCAUCAAUUGUGAGGGCCUUCUGGAGCCGUUCGCCAAAGAAGGAGUGGGCGAUCGAAGGGAUGUGUUCUUCUAUCAGGCGGACGACAAUCACUACAUCCCUCGGGCAGUGCUUCUGGAUCUGGAGCCGCGUGUCAUCAAUACCAUCAAAAACAGUCCCUUUUCUAAGCUCUAUAAUCACGAAAACAUAUACCUCUCGAAGUCCGGCGGCGGCGCUGGUAAUAAUUGGGCCAAAGGUUACAGUUGUGGUGAGAAACUGAGUGAUGAGGUGUUUGACAUCAUUGAACGCGAGGCCGAGGGCUCGGACUCGUUGGAGGGCUUUGUGUUGUGUCACUCGAUCGCCGGCGGAACCGGUUCUGGAAUGGGUUCCUAUAUGUUGGAGCGUCUCAACGAUCACUUCCCCAAGAAGUUGAUCCAAACGUAUUCCGUGUUUCCCAAUCAGGAAGAGGUGAGCGAUGUUGUGGUCCAGCCCUACAACUCUCUCCUCACUCUGAAACGACUGGCACUGAAUGCCGAUUGUGUUGUCGUUUUGGACAAUACGGCACUCAAUCGCAUAGCUGUCGAUCGCCUCCACAUCCAGAACCCGACGUUCACUCAAAUCAAUUCAUUGGUGUCGACAAUAAUGUCCACUUCAACGGCUACUCUAAGAUACCCGUCAUAUAUGAACAACGAUCUCAUAGGACUGAUCGCACCGCUAAUACCUAUGCCUCGGUUGCACUUCUUGAUGACCGGAUACACACCGCUCACCACCGAAACCAAUAGCUCACAGACAGAAGUGGCGGCUAUUCGUAAGACAUCAGUAUUGGAUGUGAUGCGGCGUCUGUUGGACGACAAGAAUAUGAUGGUAUCGACGCUAAUGCAGGCGCGAAACGCCGGCCACUGCUAUAUAUCGAUUCUCAACAUAAUUCAAGGAGAGGUCGACCCGACACAAGUCAACAAAAGCCUUAUGAGAAUUAGAGAGGGAAAGAAGGCUCAGUUCAUCCCAUGGGGUCCGGCGGGCAUUCAAGUGGCGCUCUCUCGCAAAUCGCCUUACAUUCAGACACCACACCGAGUGUCCGGCCUUUUGAUCGCCAAUCACACCUCCAUAUCACACUUAUUUGACCGAACUCUUCAACAAUACGAUAAACUCCGAAAACGUGAGGCUUUUCUCGAACAGUUCCGCAAAGAAGAUAUGUUUAGAGACAAUUUGGAUGAACUCGACUCCUCUCGAGAGGUGAUCCAAGAACUUGUGGACGAAUAUAUGGCCGCAACUAAACCCGAUUACCUUCAGUGGCUUCAGAAGAAGUAGUCGGCGUUUCCAAGCAAUAGAUCGCACAUUCAUAUGGGCUUUGAAACCACGUUUAAGUCUCGUUUGUAAAGACAUGUAAUUUAAUGUAUUUUAGUUUUUAUCAAUACUUAAUAUUAA